AUGGCCAAAGUCACCGAUGACACCUUGACCAAAGUGUCAACUGACGCUGCCACUGAGCUCGUCAACAGCUUCUAUCCUGCUCUCAAGAACGACCGCAGUUCAAUUGCCUCAUUCUACCUUCCUACGCCUACGAGCAUUCUCUUCAAUGGCAAUACAGUCGCAGACGGUGCCGCUGUCCAAGAAAUUUUUCAAAAUCAGAUGCCCGAGGCAUCAUACGAAGUGCAGUCUUUUGACUGUCAAAUCAUGAAUCGUGCAUACCCGACUACAACUGCCGCCGGGUUGAAACCGGCCACGGAGAUGGGAGUGAAGGACAUGUCGAUCCUUGUUAUGGCAAGUGGACAUGUGCGGUAUGGGGAGAGUCGCGAUCAGCCACUACGCGGAUUCAGCGAGACUUUUGUGCUCGUGCCCAAUCCCAGCUCGGAUCGUAAGAGGCGGCGAGACUGGCUUAUUCAGAGUCAGAAUUUCCGUCUUGUGGUUUGA